AUGUUUUUAUCCAAGUACGACCAACUAACCCGUCACAUUAUAGAACUGCGCAACGCCGUCUACAAGUACUUCAUCGACCUCGACCCAUCUCUUGACGAGAACAUCCAGUUCCUCCAAGUCAGUCGGCAGAUCCGCUCCGAAUUUGGGUCACUAUACCUGAGCCAGGGCAAUGCCACGGUGCCUUUUGACCGCCUCAUAACCUUCCUACGCCACACCUUCCAGCCUAUCGCUAGCCAGAGACCAAGGGACUUCACUUGCAGCUUUCGUGUAGAGCUCAAUUGGAACGAGAUGUGCUGGCACCAGAGCUCAUGGACACUCGAUAUGCUUGCAGUCGUCUCAUUUAUGCGUCAAUAUCCUUUACUCAACUUUGGGUGGGACCUGAACCGUUCUGCCCGCUCUUAUUGGCCCAUCCGCAUCGGUCGCAGCGACCGCUCCGACGUAUCUGACGAAGAUGAUGAAACCGAAGACGAAGAAUCAGAUCAGGAAGAACCGGAGGACGCACGAUCCGAGCAGGUACGGUCUGAGGAGGUACAGCCUGAGGAAGCAGACUCUGAGGAAGAGGAAUAG